UUCGAUAACCCAGACUUCAGCAAACUUCAGCAAACUUCAGAGAGGGAACGCAGCGACGGCCAUUGCCUUUGUUAUCGGCGGGCCUGGAUUGGCUCGCCCGGCGUCUCUUUGGCUCAUGUCAAAGUCUCCGUCUCGAGGUUCCCUGUAUUUGGGACUUGGGUCUGUCUAUACCUGGCUCUUAGACUGAGGUGA